GUACGAUAUGUAGGAUGGAAAGAGACCAACCCACUUGUGUUGACUACAAACAGCAGGUUAUCUUCAUCUUUCUGUGUUCCAAUGUAAACUAGAUGCACCCAGUUGUACGACGUAUGUCUGUAAAAAUUGUGAAGUUGUAUAUAUAAAUAACACAUGUGAAGUCUAUUGUUUUUACUUACGGAGGAUAUAUAGCCCACAGCACAUGGCGAGAUAAAUCAAGAUGAGGUAUAAAACAGAUAUUUUUGUUAUUGUGUUAUUAUCGAUGGUGGUGAAUGGGAAUGCUGCUGCUAAACUGCUGAUAAAAGUUAGACCACAACCCGCGCGAAUAUAUCAGUUAGCACCACCAGGUGUCGCUGUAUUGACAGUAACAGGACUUGAUGAAGUCACCGGUGAACAGAUGAACGUUUUUCGUUUUUCUAGCAGCAUAGACUCGAGUUAUUUUCAAAUUGAUUCGGAGGGUGUGAUGCGAACCAACAGGACCGUUGAUAGACGUGUUGGCACGGUUUUUAAUUUCUUCAUCUUUGGUACUUUACAAGGAACAAUCAAGUAUAAGUACAUCGAGGUUAUUGUCUCAAAAGAGAAUCUGUACCCACCAGUGUUUGAAAGAGAGUUCUACAAAGUAUCCGCUUACAGAUACCUGGACAACAAAGUCAUCGUAAGGGUUGUGGCGCAUGACGGGGAUGCUGAAGAUUACAAUAAAGACUUUAAAUAUUUUAUUCCCGAUCCUCCAGCCUCUGAUUUGUUUAAGAUUAAUGAUUAUGGGGAGAUAAGUCUGGUUAAAGCUCCGCCAGACGAUAUGAAGUCGGUUUCGUUCCACGUAUUCGCCAUUAACGAAGGUUCUCCAGCUAGAACCCGCAACACUAACGUCACCGUCACCUUCAAAGAUUUCCAACAAGCUGAUAUUUAUUGUUUUAUUACUGGUACUGAUUAUAUAAAACUGUGCUGGAAGAAUCCCAUGGUAGGACGAAACAUCUCCGGAUUUAUAGUUAAAAUAACUGGACGGAGAAACCGAUUGGAUUUUGUACCUGCGAAUAUUAAUACCACUGAGGUUUGUCAUGUUCUAGAACAGACACAGGUGGGACAUUAUUACAGGUACAAGGUUAAUAUACAAGGCGCACCUGAUAAUGACCUGGAACUUGUGUUAAAUAUAACUGGCGUAGGUUUUACGUCAGAGUGCCUGACUAGUCAGUUUAAUCCCUGUAAUUAUUUAAAUCCUUGUAACCAUCAAGGUGUGUGUAUAGGUGCCAGUGAUAAUGCUUUACAAUACACCUGUGAAUGUCCCAAAGGUUGGCGGGGUAAAAAUUGUUCCGAGGCAGACAUUUGCAUUCAGAACCCUUGCAUGAACAAUGGCCAGUGCUUGUUUCUUGGACAUCAAGUAUACAAGUGUAUUUGUGAUGAGAACUUUAUUGGCAAGGAUUGUCAACAUUUUAAUAUCUGUACGAUGUAUCCAUGUCAAAAUGGGGGAUGGUGCCGGAAUGAAGACGAUGGGAAGUUCUCUUGUGAUUGUCCGGAUUAUUUCUCUGGUGAAAACUGUGAGGUACCAGAUCCAUGUCAACCAUCUCCUUGUGGUGGACGGGGCUUAUGUAGCAGAAUCAGUAGUACUGAAUUCAUGUGUGACUGCAAUAUUGGUUAUAGUGGUAAGAGAUGUGAUGAGAUAAAUAGGUGUUUGUUGGACUCCCCGUGCAUGAACAGCGGAACUUGUCUCAGCACUAGCAACAAUACCUUUACCUGUUCCUGUACACCUCAAACUACUGGUAGAUACUGUGAACAGUUCAAUCCUUGCUCCCAACAACCUUGUAUGAAUAACUCAACAUGUAAAGCCAUGGGUGAUUCUAGAUAUCUCUGUGAGUGUCUUCCAGGUUAUCACGGUGGAGAAUGCCAGUACUAUGACCCAUGCCGUGUGAAGACUUGCAACAACGGAACGUGCACGUUAACGGGAAUCGGGACCCUACAUUGCAUCUGCCAGGAUGGAUAUUUUGGCGAAAGUUGCGAAUUUCUGGAUCCUUGUUACGGUAUGCCCUGCGGUAAUGGUGGAAUGUGUCGGAACAUUUCUUUAACAGAAUAUAAAUGCGACUGCUUCCAGGAAUGGUUCGGCGAGAAGUGUGAAAAUCUAAAAAGUUGUACGUUAAACCUGUGUCGGAACAAUGCCACGUGUUUGAAUAUUCCGCCGAGCUCUUACGAAUGCAUCUGUAAAUCGGGUUACUAUGGUGACCUGUGUGGUAUGUAUAAUGCAUGCUACGACCUGCCAUGUAAAAAUGGCGGCGAAUGUGUAAACAACACCGAGGGCUACCUUUGUAAAUGUCUUAACGGAUAUGGAGGACAGAAUUGCGAAUACAGAGACUUGUGCUCUGGGGAUCCUUGCAAUGAAGGCACCUGUAUGACUGUAUCAGACAACCAGUUCGCCUGCAACUGUUCUGCAGGUUAUACCGGCGAACUGUGUGACGUCCGCGAUUACUGUUACGAAAACCUGUGCAAGAACGGCGGAGAAUGCAUCUCUACAGAGAACGACUUCAUCUGCGAUUGUGUAAACGACCAUUACGGCAAAUUGUGUCAUUAUUUGAACUACUGUAAAUCUGAACCGUGUAAUAAUGGCACGUGCCAUCUGGAAUACAAAUCAGAUGAUGUUAAUGAUGGCGGACCGGAAGUAGAACAUCAAGAAGGGUAUACAUGUACGUGUUUUGAUGGUUAUACUGGUAGUCGUUGUGAACAUAGAGUUAUGGAUUGUUCUAAUAUCGUAUGUUUAAAUGGUGGUGAUUGUGUUGACAGUAUAUGUUUAUGUCCAGAAGGAUAUACGGGUGAAGUAUGUGAACAUGUUGUAUCACCGUGUGAACCCAGCCCGUGUCAGAAUAACCAGUAUUGUCAAGUAUCGGGACAUCGUUAUGUAUGUAAAUGUGUAAAUGGAGCUGCCAGCCCUGAUUGUAUUAAAGGAUGUACAGCAGAAACUACCAUAGAUAAAACUGGACAAUAUGAUUGGCCAGAUACACAGAUUAUAGAUACCGCCGAAUUACCUUGUCCAUAUGGUGCUAAAGAUGGCGAUAAUGGCCAGGCUACUCGGGACUGUUUUAAACAAAAUGGUAAAGCAAUUUGGGAUAAACCGAAUACAUCAAUGUGUGCGGAGAUGGGCAUUGGAGAUGUAAAUCAGCAUUUAGAUUACCUAAAAUCUUUGACCUCUGACCCGUCUAAUAUGGGUCCUGAGGAUGUCACAAGAGUUGCUGAUGAAUUGGAGAAGAUUUAUCAAUUUUCAUUGGAGAGUAAAUCGGUAGCCAACAAUAUGGUAACAGUCGUUAGUAAUCUUGCUGACGUCAAUAUGUCUGUAAUGGCGGAAAGUAAUAGCAAAAGUCAAACAAGCGACAGGUUAUUAACGAUAUUAGAAGAUUAUACAGCUGACGUUAUAUCAGAUAAUGUUAUUAAUCUAUCAACAUCUAAUAUAGAUAUAAGAGCAUUAGACAUUGUACCAGAUAAAAUAGGAAAUACCAGUAUACGUUAUGAACCUCAACUUGGAAACAAAACUACAGAGAGGGGAUUUUCUAUAUCCCUACCACCAGAAAUAUUUCAAAAGGGAGAUCGUCAAAUUGUAAGACUACAGUUCCUUGGUUUCCAGAAAUCAACAUUUUUCGUUCCAAAAGAAGAAAAUGAAUUGAUUAUGGAUAACGCGUCGAGUCAGAGAGUAGUUACUGCCACUGUUAAAGGGAGAAAACUCCAAAAUCUAAAACAGAUGGUCUCUUUCAAAAUGCCCAGCAUUAAAGCCAAUGCUAACCACACGUGUGUUUAUUGGGACACCGUUAAUAAAACUUGGUCAUCAGAAGGAGUUAUCACAGGGACCAGUGGUAAUAUGACAGAAUGCUGGAGUUCACAUUUAACAAGUUUUGCCAUUUUAUUGGAUCCGAGUCCAGAACAUGCAUUACCUGUUAUACAUGAAGAGAUCCUGACGUAUAUAACAUAUAUAGGAUGUGCUAUAUCUAUGGUGGGACUUAUAUUAACGAUUCUGACAUACACGCUCUUUAAGUGUCUACACGGCGAGAAGUCUGGUAAAAUAUUACUCAAUCUCUGUGUGGCCAUGUUGUUGAUGAAUCUCGCAUUCCUGUUCGGAUCUCAAAGCUCUACGACUUAUGGGGACGACAUAUGUACUGCUGUAGCUGUUAUGUUACACCUCUUUCUAUUGGCUACUUUAAUGUGGAUGUUGGUCGAGGCUGUUGAAAUGUACCAAGCCUUGGUUACCGUGUUUAAUAAAUAUGCUAGAUUCUAUAUGAUGAAACGAUGUGUGGUUGGCUGGGGUGUACCAUUGUUGAUCGUCAUAAUAACAUUAAGCAUAGACACUGGUCAUUAUAAACCAUCCGCUGAUUUUUGCUUCAUAUCUCAAGCUAGUCCCAUAGCAUACUAUGCGUCUCUGGUAGGACCAGCCUGUGUCAUAUUGAUAGUCAAUACCCUGGUGUUUAUAUUGGUUGCUAGAGUCAUUCUCAAACCGAGGUUUCAGCAACAGGAACGAGGCACCCACACCGUCACGCCGGCACAAAUCCGUGGAGCCUUCACCGUCAUGAUUCUUCUCGGAAUAACAUGGGUGUUCGGUCCAUUGGCCAUACAUGGUGCCAAGCUAGUGUUCAAUUAUCUGUUCUGUAUCCUGAAUUCUCUCCAGGGCUUUUUAAUCUUUGUGUUUCGCUGUUUGUUCAAUCCCGAGGCUCGACUUGCCUGGAUACAGCUCAUCAAAACGGGAACCCUUAAGCGACGUCGUGGUCCCGUCAAGUCCGUCUACUCCGAAUCUUCGUCGAAAGUAGAGAGUAAGUCCCGAUCAAACGGUCAUUUAAAUGGCCAUUCUAAAAGUAACAUAAUACAAGCCAAUGGCUGGCAAGGUAACAAACUGAACAAUGACUGUGAUGACAGUCCCUAUCUUAACGGACAUAAUAGACGUAGUACUAAGUGUUUAAAUAUGGAUUUUAAUAUGGAGAAUAAUAUGCUCAGUGCUAAAGACAGUGUUAACACAGAGGAGGAAUAUAUACCCGAUAAGGAAAUGACACAGAGGGAUGAAGAUAACACCCAUCUGUAAGCUAGGCUUAUAUUAAAUCUGCCUAUAAUCUAAAUUUAAGACAAUAAAACUAUGUUUAAGGAGCUUGCCAAAAAGGAUCCACAGAAUUUUGAAACUCCUGGUGUAGGCCUGUAAAAACGUAUCCGGUUUUCCAAAGAGUCAGCCGAAUUUUGAAAUUCUUGGGCACAGGCCUAGAAAAAGUACUCGUGUUUCCAAUGUUAAAAUGAGUUUUAAGACAUUAAAAAUGCUGUAAAGUAGCUUGCCAAAAAAAUGUCUGCCGAAUUUUAUAACUUCUACUAAGCCUAUCCAGUUUUCCAAAGUUAAAGUGAAAGGAAGUAAUGAAUUAUGCUAUGUGAAGACAACCAGGAUUAUGCCAGAUAUUCGAUUGAAUUAAGUUAUAAUAAUCAUUUAUUUUAUCAAGAAUGUCUCUUCAAAUAUACCUUUUGAGAUAUUACUUUUCAAAUUAAACCCGCUGUCCAUGUAGUCGCUUUAAUGCAAAUGUAAUGUGACCGUUUCAAUGUAAUCGGAGAAAAGGCGCACAUGGAAAACGGUCCUUAGAAAACGGUCUCGAACAUCAAUUAACACAGAGUUCUUGGCAAUCUAAAUUUAAUAGCGAAACACAUGUUUUAGUUGCAUAAUAUCAAAAUAUCUUCAAAACAAUCUCAUAUUGCUCCAAAUGUAUGACGCCUACGUUUGUAUAUUAUGUGUUCUUGUUGCCAUGGUGUUCAUAUUCUACGAUGUUUAUAAUAUGUUUGUGAAAUCCAUAUGUUAAUUAUAUUUUGAAUUAUGGUAUUUUUUUUAUCAUUAAUCAGUUUUUCUCAUCAUUUAAUUUAUUGUCUGUAUAUGUUUGUAUGUUCUAGUCAUAUCUGAGUUUUACAAUUUAUCAACAUGUUGUACAUUUAGCAUACAGAUUGUUGUACAAUACCUUCUUAAAGAUACAUUAUGGGAGAUUCGAUAACGAGUUCUCAUUAUAAUAGUUAAAAACUAAAUAAUGUAAAGGCAAUUUGCUGAAAAUUUCAUUUAAAUUGAUUCACUGUGAACCGAGAACUAAGCGAUUCAAAUUUCCGCCUAGCCUCGAUCAUCAUUACUAAAGUCAGUACGAUAAACAGCAUAGUCUCGAUUAUCCAUUUAAUCAUUAAAUCGUGAAGGAAAGUAAGGCAAUAAAUCGGCUCACAAUCCGCAGGCUAGCGAUGCCAUCUAGAGAUGAUUAUGGUCUUGAUAAGUUAAUUAAUGUCUAAUUAAUAAUUUAGAUAACAGAUUUAGCUCUUGCUACUAUUCAAAUGAAUAGUAGCUAAAAACUUCAGUUGUAUUUUAAUUAACCAUAUAUUGCAUUUUCCAGAUAUGUAUUUAUACAAAUUUUUUAUGGGGAACAUUUGUUCCAAUCUUCCAAAGAUAUGGCUGCAGUAAUUGAGAGAAGCAUUUAUAUAAGGUCACUAAUGAAGGGGCGAUAAUUCUAAUUACGAGUAGUUAUUUUGUGUUCAGACCACAUCAGAUUAGGCAAAACUAAUAUCGUGGAAUUAUUAUUUUUGUGCAUAAGUUAAUAAUAGUUUACUUUAAAUAACAGCAUCUACAAAUUUAGAUACUGAAAGGGGUGGAGGCGAUUGGUUGGAUUAUAAUAUUAAAACUUAAUGAAAAGGGGAUUAACGUCCUAAAUUCCUGCCCCAUCUGGGCUGAUAAAGAUGGACAGUGAGCUAUGUUGAAUGGGCAGCGUCGUUUCCGCCAAGUCUUAUUGAAUUCCAGUUGUCCAUGAUUCUUUUACAUACAAGCUCACGGGUACAUCGGUGGAACUCAUGGUUUCAUUCCAUCCGAAUGAAUAAACGGCAUUUCCUCGCCAGGCUCCCAUUCCCACACUAGUGACAAGAGUAAACCCGACCGGAAAAUCGUUCUAGGCCAACAUCGGGAUCGGGACCCGCUUGUUAGUGAGGCAGCGUCAUACUCAUUGAACAACAAUGGCUCCAUUUUACAUUAAGAUGUUCAUAAUAUAUAUGUUAUAUAAUGUUUUAUUAUACUGUAAAGCUAUAGAAAUGAAAUGAAAUGGGGUUUAACGUCUUACUGUUCUGCUCCGACUGGGCUAAUGAAGACAGGCAUACGCCAUACAGUGUGCUAUCAGGAAAAUUUGGCCCGGACAGCGGCACUACGACCUACUCUUAUUUCAAAUUCCAACUGUCACGGGAUAUUUUGAGUGCACACGAGACCUCGGUUUUUCAUCCCAUCCGAACCACUAUAACUUGUCCCUUGUCAGGCUCUCUGUCCUGCACCACUGACUAGGGGGGAUCAAGUGAACUAUCUCGGUCAGGAAACAAACACGGGACCUCCAUGUUAGCGAGCCAACGUCUUACUCACUGACACACCGCGGCGCCGUUCUUACGGUAAACGUAUAUAGAUCCAUAACACUGUCAUAAUGUCUAUAUUUUAUCAUCUUAUUAUAGUUGUUGUUUUAAUACUACGUCAAGAAUUGUUGAAAUGAUUUAUUGUCAAUUUACAUUUGUUUCUUCGUGAAUAUUCUUUGUUUCUUUAUUUGUACAUAAUCUACAAACAUAAAUAUAUGUAAAUAAACGAUGUUUGUGCAA